AUGCAGGACGAGCGAUCGCAGCGCGAAGAUGGGGAAGCUCAAUCUCCCAGCGGCCGGGGUCGGACCGACAGGGUGCAUUUCCCGGGUGCAGUCAACAGCAAGUUUACGAGUGAUAUGAAAUUUUUGAAAGCAUCCGACCUCCCUGCGAUCCCAACAUACAGAGUACUCGACUCCGAUGGCGAGAUAGUAGAUAAGACGCGGGGACCGCCCGAUGUACCAGACGAGGAAGUAUUGACCUGGUAUAAGAACAUGCUCACCGAAGGAAUCGCAGUCGCUUCAGCUGCAGCUCUCACGCCAGACGAUGUUGUUUUUGUGCAGUACCGAGAAACCGGCGUCUUCCAACAACGAGGCUUUACCUUGAAGAAUUUCAUGAGCCAAUUAUUCGCAAACGCGAACGAUAAUGGCAGGGAAGAAACAUGCCUGUUCACUACGCGCAAAGCUACCCCCGAACACACUAAAUCGCGAUCAACAAGUUCUAAGUACACGGUAAAACAGCACGCAAUCUCGUCUCCGCUAGCAACCCAGAUCCCCCAAGCUGCCGGUGCAGCUUAUGCAUUAAAAAUCCAGGACCUUCAAAACCCCAACCAGUCACCUCGAGUAGUAGCCUGCUACUUUGGCGAAGGCGCCGCAAGUGAAGGCGACUUCCACGCGGCACUGAACAUUGCAGCGACACGAUCGUGUCCGGUGGUGUUUGUUUGUCGCAACAACGGAUACGCAAUUUCUACACCCACUUUAGAGCAGUACCGAGGUGACGGGAUUGCGAGUCGUGGAGUGGGAUACGGCAUAGACACGAUCCGAGUCGACGGCAACGAUGUGUUCGCUGUUUACGAAGGAAUGAAAGAAGCCCGCCGCCGUGCACUGAGCGAUGGCGGGCGACCCGUUCUGGUUGAGGCUAUGAGCUACCGAGUGUCUCACCACAGUACUAGUGAUGACAGCUUUGCCUACCGUGCUCGUGUAGAAGUUGAAGACUGGAAGCGGCGGGACAACCCCAUCAUCCGGCUGCGCAAGUGGCUGGAAAACAAGGGACUUUGGAAUGAAGAUAUGGAGAAGGAGACUCGUGAUCAACUACGCCAGGCUCCGAGCGGGAGAAGAAACCCCCCCAUCCGAGAGGCUUUCACAGAUGUCUAUGAAGAUAUUACGGAGGAAGCACAGGAACAAAUGCAAGAGCUGAAACGCAUCUUGCAGACGUACCCGGAUGAGUACGACCUACGGCCAUAUAAAGAUGGAAUCAACGGAUUAGACAAGCAAUAA